GCCCCACAAGGGAGUCCAGUGGCGGGGGCGGGCAAAAAUGGCAGGGACAGAGGGAGCCUGGCGGGGAGAGAAAGUGUUGCCGAGGGAUGGGGAGGGAAAGCUGUUAGUGGCGGGAGGAGAAUGGGGACCUCCGGAACAAGAGGGAAUGGACUCUGUCUCACCAAGAUUGCUCCAUUCAUUCUCUCUCUCUCUCUCUCUCUCUCCCCCACCCACCAAAGCGCCGGUGCGUGUGCUCCAAGACUGCUCCUCUCUCUCUCUCUCUCUCCAAGACUGCUCCACUCUCUCUCUCUCUCUCUCUCUCUCUCUCUCUCCAAGACUGCUCCAUUCUCUCUCUCUCUCAAGCAAAGCCUCCUGCUGCAUCCUUUCCAUCUUUCUUUCCCCUUCUCCCUUCUUUUUCAAAAUUAUGAGAAGAGCUUCUCAUAUUUUUUCCCCUUAAAAGUGUUCCAUGUUAUGUGUGAUGAUUUGGCAGAGGUGGAAAGGAAGAACAAUGCAUUUUAUUAUGGAUUUUGUAAAGAUUGUAUAAUAUUUAUAUUAUUAUAAUGAAUUUUAAUUCAACUUAUUUCAUAUUAAUUUAAUCAAUCUUGACCUGCCAGAACAUCAAAAUUUAAAUACUGAUUAAAUUCAUUUUAAUUCAUUUUUAAUUCAUUUCACUUUAAUUUGGUUGGUUGAUUGAUUAAUAUUAAGUGUUACUCUAAUAAUCAGCACCCUAAGAAUUGACCUCGGCCCCCAUGAACCAAGUCACGGUUGGUUUCGCCCGCCAGGUCAUUUGAGUUGUGCCGGCCUGGUCUAGGAUCUCCUAACUCCCGCUCGCAAGGCAGCGCCCAGCUGAACACAGAUGCGUCUUGUGCCUCCUUAACUUCCAUGCCGAUGCAAUUUGCUUUUACUCUUCUCACCAUGUUAAAAAGAGAUACCAAAUCAAACCGGCGACAAACGGGAUUCUUCCCCCCACUUUUUUCUGUCUAUAUGUGAAAAGAGUGGGGUGGGGAGAGUGUUGAUCGAUGUGUUCAUGUGACUCAGAGCAGGGGGCUGCCGGGAAGGUAUCAUGUCCGCCACCAGCCGUUCAAAUAUUGCGUGAGGGUGUGAAGAGUUCCUUUGUAAAGGAAACAGCAGUUUUAGACGGAGCUGCGAGGCAGAACGUUUGUAGGAUGGCAAAGCCUUUAAUUUCUGUGUGCGAGGGUGCUGUAAACACAAGUGAGCUUUGAUAUUUUUCUCGGACUGGAGUUAGUAGAUUCUCCUGCUGAAGCUCUGCAAAAAAAUGAGAUAUCCAGUCAGAAUUAAAAUCUUCUAAUACUUUAUUUCUAUGGAAGAGAGUGAAUUACAUGUUUCAGGCUGCAAGCCUAUGAACACUAACCUGGGAGUAAGACCCAAAAAUUGAAAGAGGACAAUUGCAACAUGGAGAGAAAAUUCCAUGAUGUCAAAACUGAUCAUAGGCAAAAGCUGAUCCUUCCAAUCUUGUUUCUUCUUCUGGCUGUGCUGCUUGUGAACUUGUUCCUCUGUCAAUAUCUCAGCAAUGCCUAUGUUCCCUAUGGACACACCAAUGUGGAACUCAAUUUCUGUCCACACGGUUACUUCAGAUUAGGAACUGUGAAGAAUUGUUCACCAUGGUUGUCUUGCAAGGCCAUGAAAACUGAAGUCCGCAGACUGAAACGCAUUGGUGAAGGGGCUGUAAAAAGGGUCUUCCUUUCUGAGUGGAAGGAAAACAAAGUUGUCCUUUCCCAAUUAACUUUGUUGGAGCUGCGAGAGGACUUUCUUCAUGGGCUGAAGAUGCUGAAAUCUCUACAAAGCAAGCAUGUGGUCAAACUUCUUGGGUUUUGUGAGGAGGAGUUUUCGAUUCUUACGGAGUAUCAUCCUUUUGGCUCCCUGAAGAAUCUGAAUGAGGUAUUAAAUCUUCCAAAAUAUAAGAACUCUAACACAUGGCAUCAGAGAUUCAGGCUGGCCAUAGACUACGUGAGCAUCAUCCAUUACCUGCACAACAGUCCCCUAGGUACUUUUGUUAUGUGUGACUCUAAUGACUUGGAUAAAGUGCUUUCACAGUACUUGUUGACAACCGACUUCCGUGUUAUUGUGAAUGACUUGGAUGCUUUGCCUCUUGUUAACAGAAGUGUUGGUGAAUUGAUCAAGUGUGGCCCUCGGGAGCUGCAGGGUGAGUUUGUUGCUCCUGAACAGCUUUGGCCUUACCCAAAAGAAAUACCAUUUGAAGACAGCCUCAUGCCUCCAUAUGAUGAAAGGACGGAUAUAUGGAAAAUCCCAGAUAUUUCCAACUUCCUCUUGGGAGAUGUUGAUGGGAGCGAUCUUGUCAGGUUUCACCUGUUUGACAUCCAUGUGGCAUGCAAGAAGAGCCCAACUGAAAGACCUUCUGCUCAGCUGGUUUUGGACACAUACAAGAAAGUAUUAGGAUUGCUUGUCAAGGAAACAGUCAUACCAAGGACAAGGGACAUGUUAUAAAUAAAUAAUUGAUGUUUGGGCACUAUAACUGGGGUUGGAUGUAUUUAGCAUUCCUGUGGCUUGAAGCACUGAAUAGGGUUGGUCACCUGCUCUGAAAAGCACACCGAGCUUGUUGAAACUCUGAAAUGAUUUCUUAAAGAUGUUGCCCUCCUCCUGUGACAGAUUGUAGAGAGAGUAGGCGAAAAGUAGCAUAUGCUCUGCUAGAAAAGUUGCAGACUUCCAAAAGAAUAUGUCUUCCUAAAUCAUCUUGGCACAGACUUGCUAAAAGGAUGCAUGCAACUAAAGUAUGUGAUAAGAGAUGUGGUUCAAAUGGUUCUUUUUAUCAUACUACUACUACGAAUAUUUAUAUACCACUCCUCAACCAAAAGUUCACAAACUAGUUUACAUAAAAAAAUAAAUAGUACAUAAAUAAGAUGGUCCCCUGUAGCCAAAGGGCUCACAGUCUUUUAAAAUAUAAUAAGGCAGAUACCAGCAACAGCCACUGGAGGGAUGCUGUGCAUCGUGUUACAUUAUUGCAUACUGUGUCCUCCUUUUGUAGCAUUUUUUAAAAUCAUGAUUUCUACUAAUCCCAGAAUUGUUGCCUCCUGGAACCUAAUUCCCUCCACUCUGAAAGUGAAGAAAGUUCAAACACAGUUGCACUAAGUGCUCUUUCUUGUUAUCCAUACAUGUUGGUAUGUGUUGAGUAUGCAGCAGAAUCUGAAACUGUAUCUGUAUUUGAUACAGGGAUGACUGCAGUUUCCGGAUUAUAUACAAAGGCAGCCCUAUGUAGAAGAGUGCAUUGCAAGUUGUCAAGCCUGGAGGUUACCAGCAUGUGCACUAUUGUCUUAAGGCCACUCACUUCCAUAAAAGGGUGCAGUUAGCGACCCAGCCGAAGCUGAUAGAAAGCACUCCUGGCCACCACCUCCACCUGAGUAUCGGAGAACGGGUUGGAUCCAGAAGUACUCCAGAACUGUAAACCUGUUCCUUCUGGAGCAGGAGGCAGUGAUGGGCCAGCCUGCCCAGUGGGAGCAGGAAGUGGUGGCGGACCAGCCUGGCCUGGCUGGUGGGAGGAGGUGGCCACUGCCAGGAGGUGGCCACUGCAGGAGGAGGUGGCGGGCCAGCUUUCCUGCUGGCCUGCCCGCCAGAAAGCGUGGGGAGGAGGACGCUGAGAAGUGGGCGGGAGGAGAAGAAGCGGGCCGGCCUGCCAGCCAGAAAGCACCGGGGGGUCAGGGGAGAAGCAGGCCGGGUGGGGAGAGAAAAAGGCAGUGGCAGUGGGUGGAUGGGUGGGUCGGCCGGAGGAGCAGAUGCUCUGCGCCAAGACGAGCUAGUUUUAAACUAUUUUAACUGUUAAUGUUUUAAUUGUUGUGUUUUUAGAUUGUGAACUGCCCAGGGACAUUAAAAUGUGUCAAAUAAAUAAAUUACAUACA